AUGUCUUCCCCUUUGAAAGUAAUCAUAAUCGGCUCCGGCCAACUAUACAAAGGUGUUGCCGGACUAUCUCUCGCCCAUGGUCUCGGCAAGGAAGGGAUUGAAUACGAGAUUUUUGAUAAGCGCGGGCCGGCUACUCCCCAGCGUGACUGGGGCAUUACCGUGCACUGGGCUAUCGAAUUUCUCAACCUCUACCCUCGGGACUUCGCCCAGCGGCUACGUACCGCUCAGGUUGUAGAGAGAAGAUCGGAAAAGCCUGCUGAGUUUGUACUGUUUCACAACGGACAGACCGGUGAGGUGAUCAAAGAAAUUCCCCUGGGUCCUGCUAGGCGCUUCAGCCAUCGCAAAAUCCGGGCGCUUCUGGCCGAAGACAUCAAUGUGCAGUACAACAAAGAGCUUGUUGCCAUAAGUCAAACUACAGAUGGUGUUGAAGUUGCAUUUGCCGAUGGAACUACCGCCAAGGGUUCUAUCAUCAUCGGCUGCGAUGGAAGUCGAUCCGCCACCCGGGACAUCUUGUUUGACCACGCGCCGGAAGGAAAAUGGAACCCUCUUCCAGGCUUUGUGCUCAACAACUUUUGGAUGCAAUAUGACGCUGAAAAGGCCGUGAAGCUCAAGGAGCAGCUUGGUUCGUUUUUGGAUAUCUCCAUCCAUCCUAACGGAACCUACUAUGGCCUUAUUCCCUUGGAUAUUUCGGCCGACGCCGCUCCAGAGAACUGGAAGUUCCAGGUCUUCAUGGGCUUGCCCUCUGACAUCAAACCAGAAGACGAUUCACCAGCUCGUCGAUUUGAGAUGGUCAAGGAAGCCGGAAAGCCUUUCGUCGAGCCAUUCCGGUCUGCCAUUGAGUGGAUGCCUGAGGGGACUUACAUUAGCCCGGACAGGUAUGGAACGUGGGAAACUCGGCCGUGGGACCAUAGAGGAGGUAGGGUGCUCAUUGCUGGUGACGCCGCUCAUUCUAUGACAGCCCACAGGGCACAAGGCCUUAACCACUCGUUGCAGGAUAUUCUGAACAUUAUCAAAGGCCUCAAGGAGAUCAAGGCAGGAAAGAUUUCGAUGGUGGACUUUGCAACUUCUUAUGUGGAGGAAGUUGCCAGCCGUGGUUCGGAGGAAGUAAGGAUGUCUUUGCAGCAGGGUUUGGCGGUGCACAAUUGGGACUUGACAAAGACUAUGCCUAUCCUGAAGAUUGGAACGACUCCUCUCCAUAUGGACCAGACUAUAGUUCCUCUUCCAGCUCAAUAG